AUUCGGCACCAAGAACUGUUAGGACUAACACAGGUCUUAUCUCAUGUUUUAAGAUUAUUAAAUUCUUUCAAAAAGAUUUCGUAUUUUGCUUAUAUAUGAGAAUAUGAUUGUUGAUUUGAUAAUUUUUUUCCUGUGUACCUUAUUAUUUAUACAGGCUAUAAAAACUAAUGACUAUUUUUAAUUAAUUCAGAUGUUCGUAAUAUCUUCAUAUUUUAUACCAUUAAUAAAUGUUAAUGCUCUCUACAUCGUUGUAUAUUUCAAAAUUACAGUUUGCGCGCUCGUUAAAAUUACCGGCCAUUAUUAUGCGCAUGUACCGUGAUUUCAACGCUUCCUUUGUUUCUGCCUCUGUAAAGUGCGCGUACAUGCAGCAACAACAGCAUCGCGUCAUCGUGCAUUAUAAGCGCGUAGCGGUAUCUCGACGGAAGUCGCGUUUAUAUCGUGGCGUCAUAAAAACGUACAUUCUGCUGCUUCCACCCAAUUUCCCUCCCCGGUGUCGUCUGCGACUUCAAAAAAGAACGCGCACAACUCCCACGGGGCGGAACCUUCCGCUAACGACCUUCAUUCGAGAAAUUUAUUGCGCCGCUGUGCAGCCUUUAUACAACGACCAGAAAAAAAUUUUUCUUCCGCGGCUGCGGGCACAUGAAAAAGUCAACGCGACUUCCGCGUACGCGACAAUUUUCGUGAUCGUUUACUCGACUACUCUUACUGAAUGAGCCUCUCGAGCCCGAGGCUAUAAUCUGUAUCGAAGAAAAGUUCUGAUAUCGAACAAGAAGAAAAUUUCUCAACAUCUUUUGGACGUUAGACAUCUCUCAAAGUGUCAUUCUCUUUUCUGACUUAGAUGCGUCGAUAUCUCUCGUUCGCGUACACAAUUGGAAAAGCGAACGGAGCCGCGUCGUACCUGCGAAAGAAUGACAUUCGGUUGUCGGACGAUAAAGAUUUUGAGGAAGGAAACGCGUCGCAUUCCGAAAGUUUCACUUUCCACCUCUGUAUCGGGGAACGCUGUGCAUCGGAGGAGGGCUUUGUCGCGUUGCUCGCUCGUAUGAUUAUCAGAUCCACUAGUAGGGGCACACUGUUAAGUCGGCCCAAAACCAAGGGCCAUCGGAGCGGGGCGAAGAAGGCAGCGAGCCCGCGAAAGAAAGAGAAAGAGAAAGAGAGGGGAAGUCGAACGAGAGCCGGGCAUAACCCGUAGAACAGUCCAAUUCAGAUCGUGCUUCGCGCUGGGCGGUUUCGGUGCCCACGCUUCAUUCGCGCGCAUACGCCUCCGCUACUCGAAGAAGAACAGCAUCGUCCUUGGGAUGACUGACGUCGACUCGCGUUGAACGCGCGCUGUGGCCAUCCCCCGGUUGAUCGUCGGAAAUCGCGCCGGUUACGAUCGUCUCGCUUCCCUGCACUUCUGCUCCACCGUCUUGUGAAUGAGUCACAGUGAUUUGUACGCGGCGACGCGCGAUUUCUCUUCCCGAGGGAUACGCAGGCAUGACCGUCACGGCGAGAGCGCAUCCCUGGACGCGUUGCACCGAGGAUUCGUGAGUUACGCUGGACGAGCAAUUGGGCACGAGCGCGAUCAAAAAGGUAAAUACUUAUCGGAAGGUGGCUGCGAAAGGGGCGGUGAAGGUCACGGAGUUGAGUCUAAGGGCAUCAUGGACUCUCAUCAGCAGCAAUUCUGCCUCAAGUGGAACAGCUUCGGCAGCAAUCUAGCAACGACGUUCUCGAAUCUAUUCAAAAGCGACACUCUCACCGAUGUCAUCCUAUUCUGCGAGGGAGUUUCGUUCAAGGCGCACAAGUUAAUUCUCGCAGCAUGCAGCAAACACUUUCAGGUGCUCUUCGAAGAAAUGCCGCCUUCUCCCCCGGGAGUGAUCGUUAUUCUCGAUGGGACGAGUGCCCACAAUAUGGCGGCCCUCCUCGAAUUCAUGUACCGUGGAGAGGUACAUGUGUCCCAGGAAUCCCUCAGCUCCUUCCUCAAGGCAGCUGAAUGCCUUCAAGUUAAGGGUCUGUCGAUUAUCGAGCACGAGAAGCUGGCGGUGGCGCAAAGGCACGCCGCGGAAAGCAGUAAUACCUCCGUGGACGCAGAGAGCAGCAUCGGAGGCGGGGGUGGCAGAGGCGGCGGCAGCGGUAGCGUCGGUAGCGGUAGCGUCGGUGGUACCAUCGGCAACGGUGGUGGCGGUGGUGGUAUCGGUGAUAUGAGUGACAUGAGCGAGGCGGGCGAAGCCACCAUGGUCAGGAACCUCGUGAAGAGGACCCCCACACCAGCGCCGUCGUCCGCCCCGGAAUACUCCGCGCCCAACGUCUACUCCACUUCUCACUAUUACGAGAGCCCGAAGAGGUUGAUGAGAUCGCCGAGCGACGUCGAUACGCUGGGAAGAGCGAGCGUGUUACGCGACGGCCAUGCCUUCCGGCCGGCGUCCGCCCCGCAUCCCUCUCUCUUGCUGGAGAAGCUGGAAAACCACUUUUACCAACCGUUCACCCAUCCCUCCGAACCUUUGCAUCUCCACACCGCGCCACACACGCCCACGGAACAACUGGAACAGCAGCUGGAACGAGCGCGAUCCGAGGAACGCAGCAACUGUGAUCUCAAGGAAAAUGUUGCCGAAGAUCUUCGAAUAAAGCAGGAGCCAGUUCGAAUAAAGCAGGAGUUGACCGAUCGGGAGAGGGCGGAGAAAUUGGCGGAGAGAUUGUCGAGGCGGGAUGAUGACGUUUAUCCCGGAGGACGGGGGUUUGACGCGGGCUCGUACAGACCGAACUCGGAUCUGUCGCACGGGGCACAGCUGGGUCCGACGAUGGUGCCGAUGCCGGCGGCUCAUCCGCCGACUCCCGAUCAGAGUCCCGCCGCGCCGCCCACGCCCGCUAUGUGGAACACGAAGAUCAACAAAGCUAGCACUGUCUCUACUGUCGACGGCGGUAGGAAACUGAAGUGUCCCUUCUGCGAGAGACUAUACGGCUACGAGACGAAUUUACGCGCUCACGUACGACAACGUCACCAGGGCAUCAGGGUGCCGUGUCCGUUCUGCUCGCGAACGUUCACCAGGAACAACACCGUCAGACGGCACAUCGCGCGAGAGCACAAAGCCGAGCUCAGCCUGAAGGUUGAAGCUUUCCAGUCCAACCAUUCGGUCUCGGACACUGUGCCCCAGUAACAAUGUCUUCGGCGUCGCUGUCAUCCUCGUCGUCGCAACCGCGGUCGCCGUCGCGGUCCGCGCGCGGUGAUACCGGAGGCCUCAACAGCCCGGCCGGUGACCACCUCGCCUGGGCCCCCUGUCGCGAGACUGGAUCGCGGUUAGAGCGCGCGCGAGACGAGAGGAGAAGCUGCAGUUAGGUACCUUCGUUUUCCCUUCGUCGUCGUCAGCGAACGCCGUCCCGGUUCCUCGGUCGCGAGGACAAUCUCUCCGCGUGUGCGCCUGGAAUCGUCGAGAAAUGGAGUAACGCGAGGGGCACGACAACAUGAAGAUUCGUAUGGGAGAGAAAGAGAGAGAAAGAGAGAGACACGGAACAUAACACAACGACGCGCACGGCGCCUCGGACACGCUCGCGAAAACGCUGCGAAUCACAAAGCUAGUCAAUGAAAGUGCAACGGUCAAGUAAGGAUUAUUAACUAGGAGCUCAUUAAGCGAAGCGCGAGAUGAGUGAAGAUAACGAGCUGAGCGGCGAAUGGCGCAUAAAUACGUACACAAACGCAGAGCCGUUAAAUAGAGAGAGAGAGAGAGAGAGAGAGAGAGAGCGCAGGCGGCUGCGACGAGAGAACCAAUGCAAACUCAGGUAAACUUAAAUCGUGGCGCGAGAAAGGCAGUGCGCCAGGAGAAAAGCGCUACCUUUUCUGAUACAUAGUUCAACACAUUAUCAUAGAUCGGAUUACUCGCCGUCGCAUUUAAUCGUUAAACGCCGUUAACCGGUUUACCUGUUUCUGGUACUACUUAUCGCUGUUGAGAAGUCGAGCCUAUAGGAUCGCGACGCUCCGACGAGCGAUACCUGUCCAAUACACGUUACUUUACGCGCGCACCAGUGCCAAAGACAAGAUGCUUUUUUCUACUCUGGAGUAAUCACAUGUCAAUUUUUUUAGUUUCGCCUUUUCGUACAACACGCACUCCACUACUAUAAUAUAUAAAUAAUCGUGGUGGGACCCACAUAUCUCGCGCCGAGACGACAACCGACGAAGUACACACCUUUUAUAUACAGUUACGAUUUUAUAUAACGUUUACGAGAUUACUGCGAUUCUAGGGCGGACGACUGUCGUGCGAUUUAGCCGCGAGGGUGUCGCGCGCUCGCCGCGUUAAGAUGCUUCUUGGCGAAUGCGCACACGUAGCGGAGGCAAGUCGACCGAGCAAUAAUCACGUUACAUACGCCGUUACACCACAUGUCGACAUUGAUUCUCUAGAAGAAAUAAAAAAUUCGAAAAGAGCAUUCGAACGCAUUCGCUACGAAGUUUGUCGCAGCGGCCGCGGCGCCUCGCGGCGAAACGAUCACUACCACUUUGUUACCUGUUUACAAUGUUUAAAAUACGGACUUUUGUCCGGAGCAAUAGUCGCGUACCGUGAAUAUAGAGUAUAGCCAUCGAUCACACACGUGUGAUUUUGAACAGUGCGCGCGGUUACGCGCGAAAUAGUUGCUAUCCCGGUUGUAUAAGAUGUGAUCAAUGCAAUAGAUUAAUAUUACACAUUACCUAUAUGUAUAGAUAUAUAGAGAUAUACUCCUAGUCAGGAUGGCACCCACGAUAUUACUUGUUACAGUAUUUACACAUUUAUACAGAUUAAUCUGUCUUAUUUUUUUCCGUUAUACUUGUUCUCCCUUUCGUUUAUUUUUUUUUUCUUUCGCAGAAAGUUUUUAAACGGUUAUUCUCACAACGAUACCCGCCUACCGUAAGUUAUCAGAGACAAUAGAAACGAGAUAUAGAGAAUUAUUUAGUAUUUAAAAGCGCGUCGUGCGCGAGCUGGGGAUAUAAUAGUUCACGAGAUAGAAGUCGAGGGAGACUUCAUUUCCGUUCUUUCAUUUUAUUCUUUUACUUUUUUUUGUACCGUUUCGUUUCUUUUUUACUUUUCUCCUUUUCUUCCUCUUCUUUUGUUUUCUCCUGUUUUCUAAUAACAUGCCAAAUAUACGACGUGAGCACUCGUCGCGCACGCGCGCGCAUAACUCUGCCAAAAGUAUGACAGUACUACCUCAUCGUUUUGCAAUGCAUUACACACACAGGGAACACAAUAGCGAUAUAUUAUACAGUAUAAAUAAAACCUGUACAUUCCGUACAGCCGCUACUACUAUUACUACUACUACUACUACUACUACUACUAUUACUAUUACUUUGUCCAGUUAAUGUCGGAGCAGUUCUCCUGCCAUUACUACCCUCUUGCAGGGUAACGCCAGAUCGUAGAUCUCGGAGCUCGCAGAUUCCAUAGAUUUCAAAUUGCAUUUACAUACUUUGCUCGUAUCGUAAGUCAGAAUGAAACGAUCCGCACUAGUCAAGCACAACGUACGUUCGAUAUAUCAUGACGUUUCUCCGCCACAGUCGUUCCCGUCCCGCGAAGAAAGCUCCGGGAUCCUCGAUUUGCGCACGUGAUGUCUAUCUGUACGUAAAAUAGAUCCGUUUCCUUUCCGUUAUUUUUCUUUUUCUUUUGUCGCAAGGGCGCAUUAUUGAAAUAGCAACAUGUAUGUACAACUGCGAAGCCGUAGUGAGUGAGAAGCGCGAGAGAGCGAGCGAGUGCGUGCACACGCGUGUGCGUGAGCAGCCGUGAAUGCGCGCGCGAAGCGAUUCGCGGGAAGAUGGUGGAAGAGGAGGAGCCGCAAUUGUCGCGGCCCGUUGUCGAAAUUGCGUCGCGAGAUCGUCUCGGACACGUUGCCGGACGGUCGCAGCGACUGCUUGCACCGUUUUCGUUCCGAGGAUGAGGCGAGAGAGGUGCAACGUCGAUCGCCGUGAAGAGAUCGGCGUGAUCAGUGCCGAUGCGCUGACAAACGCGUAAGGAGAAACGGUGGUUUUUGGAGGAAGAGCGAAAAUUAUUCGAGCGUAGGUGACAUCGAUUGUCCCGAGGGAACGCAAAGGAAAGUUAACCGGGGAUGGGAUUGAUGCUGGACGACGGAGAUUACAUAGUCAUAGGGAAGUUAAUUCCCCGGGGAUAAGCCGCGGGAAAAGGAUAUUCAAAGAUGUUAUGUGUCGUUUACGUAUGUGAUGAUAGGAACAUACACACACGCGCACACACGUACAUACACGUACACAGAGGAACAGAGAGAAGGAAAGAGAAACAGAGAGAGAAAAUUAUGGGAGAAACACACACAUACACACACGUGGACAGCACACAUGCUCGUGUAAAUAGAUUGCGGUCGCGUAUGCCAAGUUAUAUAAUGAAUCUUUUACUUAAUAUAUAUACAAAAUAUAUAUAUUGUUUUUGACUGUUCUGCUAAGCAGAGGCAAGGACGGGAGGGGGGAGGGGGGAGAGGGAGGAUACCUUUAAGUGGUACAAUGAAUUAGCGUUAAGUUUAAAUAGAGGGAUCGAGUUAUCGGCAGUGAAGCAGCGAAAUUUGAAAGCUAGACUAAUAACGUCACACGACGCGGAAUUUCCGGGGGAAUCGGUUAAACCCAGGGUUUAAUUGUUUUGUCAUACGUAAGGAUUAGGAGUGCAUACGUAGUAAAGGUAUUUCACACACCCCGACACGCUUACACGAAACACACACACACACACACACACACACACACACACGGCAGAUCGGAAGAGCGAGAUACGAAACGUUGGUUAAGGGAAUUGUAAGAGGAAAAUGAAAGAAGAUGACACACAUACCUAAAAGAUAAACGAGGUAGCAUUAAAAAGUGGAAAUUUAGAAUUAAUUAGUCGUAUAUUAUCGCGACAUCGCAAUUACGCGCAUAAACGUAUAUUCGGAACAGCCGGAGAAUCGGCAAUUGGACUCAAAUCGAUUUUAAAUCGUUUGUUAAUUUCGUCGUGUCGCUUUGCUCAAAUAAUAAAUCAAACGAUUCUUGAACGGGCUUUUGAACGAUCAAAUUACGAUAUUUUUAUUGGUUACCUUUCACUCCCGAUUCUUUCACGCCGAUCUCGUCAAUCCCGAGCACCCUCCGACGGGGUUCGCGACUGAUAUUUCAGAUUUGCUGUUACAAUCGAUUUUCGUCGAGGUACGCGUAAAAGACGGAUCCCACGAUCGGAAGUCGAAGGCGCGAAACGGAUGCGCGCGCUUCCGUCUUCGAAGUUUUUUCACGGCCCGUCGUACAUCCGGUGUAAGAAUUAUACUUGGUCUAUAUGUAUAUAUAUGUACACACACGCAAAAGUACACGCGCACACAUAAAUACAAACAAAAAACAGAUAUGCUACACACGUACACGACACUCGCGCGACGCGCGUAUGUACGCGUUGCGCGCGUGGCACGCGCGCGCGAACGCGUACGCGUAUGUAUGUACCAUUAUUGUAUCACGGCGGUAGGAUAAAAUGUUGCAUGUUGUUUCUAUAAUAUGUGUUUUACGGAUUGAGAAUCCUUUAUAGAUGUCGUGUGUGACACAAGGCUUGACACGAGAGGCGAGAAAGAUUCACACCGUGGCUCUGUUCGCGCGCGCACGCUUUCGAAGGAGCGAAAUUCUGAAUAACGCGGGGAAACUAUCAUCCGGAUAGUUAGUCCAUCCAGAGUGAACGGGGAAUUCGGGGACGCGUCACUCUCGCUUCUAAAUUGACCGAUCGUAAAGUAGCUGUGAAAUUAACAAAGAAAAUUACGCGAGAAGAGGCGAAGAGGAAAUCCACACGGCAACAGAGUUUGCAGCAACAUUGUUGCAACGUUGCGGCAAUAUUACAACGAUGUUUCUGCAAGCUUCUGUGCUGUGUUGGGCAGUCUCUCAUAUUUUCGAUGCGGCUCUUUCGGCGAACAAUUUGCGAACGUUGUUGAACGUUGUUGAAGGCGUGUCGUUAAAUUAACAAUAUUGUACUAUAAUAACUUGGCUGCGAUAUUCGAAGCUGCACGUUCGAGCACGUUCGAAAACGGACGACUGUCACGGUGUGAACGGGCUUUCCGUAACGGGGAACCUUCGUUAUCAUUCGCGUCGCGCGGGCAGCUACAGCACGAAUCAGAGACAAAGGAAAUCGCGGCUGCCCGCGGGAGGGAGACAAAAUUGAUGUCAUGACUGCACCUACACCGCGCACAGAGAGUGCACUGGCAACUACUGUACCGUUUGCUCGUAUAGUAUAUAAUAGUACUAUACUGUAGUUGAUAAUGAUUACAUAGUACAUGUAUCACGCACGCAUAAGCAUAUUUAAAAUCGACGGAGCAAAGAAAGGGGGUAAAAAAAAGAAAAAAAAGCAAAAAGAAGAUAUGGCAGUGGGGGGGGGAGGACAAAAGGGAGACGAAGGAGACGAAGGUGAUGAAGAGACGGACACACGGCGUAGCGAUGUCGCAAAGCGGGACCUCGAAUGUCCGGGGAACGAGCGGCUCGUUUCCCGGCCGUAACUUAUAGUACAAAGUAAACGUAAUGUUUAAGGGUUAACAAAACAGGACAGGCAGGAUGUGUGAAUUUUAUAAAACUUACUAUACACGCUGUAACAAAAAAAAAAAAGAAAAACACAAAGAAAAGAAUCGUAUAGGUGAAUACACAUAGGGAAAGAAGAGAGAGCUAAAAAAGAACCAAGUGCGCCGCGCGGCCAGACGCGUCGGUGACGAAGCUCGUCGUCGAGGAUCGUCCCGCGCGAUCGGCCUCCGCUCACGGAGCCCAACGCGAUCACGAUGAAACGAUUUUGCCGUUUAUAGCCCAGUGUACCCUCGUCGACGUGAGUAACGUCAACGUCGACCCGUUAAACUGCGCGUUUCGCCGCAACAUGUGAAGAAUCCGUGUCGUUACUCUCCCACGUGGCGCGACUAUCUCGCGCCCCCCGUUCUUUAUCUUAUCAACAAUAAGACUGAUCUCUCAUCGUGGCGACGUAUGCGAGAACACUGCCACAGGGGCCGGGCCGGGACCUCCGCCAGCCUCGUCGCCGAUCGCGUUCUCGAAUAAUUCGGCCCGCGGCCACCGCAAUAAUUGAUCACAAUACUUCGUCACACACUAGUACAAAUGCUACCUCACACACGACAUACAGGGUGCGCACAGAAUGAAGCUUACGAAAAAUCUCUGUGUAUAACACGGUAUAAAGCGAUAGUUUGCAAGAUCGGACGGGAUCGUCGCGUCGUGCCGCCACAGCCACCGUCGCCGUCGCCGCCGCUGUCAAUCUCAUUUCGGGGAAGAAAAGGGAAUAAGAGGAGAUAUAGAUGGUAGAAAAAAAAAUAGUAAAAAAGGCUGUCGAUGAUCGAAUCAGCUCCCUCUCCCUCCACCCCUGAAAAAACGUCGACGCGGUGUUGUGCGGCGCGUCGCGAGUCCUUUUCUCUCAGGAAUAUGAAAACCAAGUACAAACUACAAAGUAUAAUAGUCGAUAAGAUUCUUAAUAAACAUAAAUCAAUGAAUCAAGCGAUGCAAUAGUCGGGUGUAUAGUAGGGAUUGUGUCGGUGUGUUCGUUCGUUAAAAAAAAAAAAAAAGAAAGAUAGACCUCUUCUCUCCGAUAUAGUAAUACAUCCGGGAGUCAAACAUCUGUCGAUUGACUCGCCGCGAAUUCUCGAUCGCUCGAGCCAUAAAAAUCACCAUCGGACUUGUCGCCGAUUUCUCUCUCGCGAUUUUUCCCGCACGACAACCGCCCCCGGGCUUACACACGUUACGCGCAAGUAUAUGCAUAUAGCGAGUCCACGCGCGCCUCUCUAGAAUUCUCUUUCACGCGGAUCCUUCUCCCGUCAAAAAUUCGCGUGCGAAUGUUCUCGUUUCUACAAUGUACACGCUCAUUCCCCGUUGACUCUUACUUCUCGUCCAGCGACGUCUAAUCGUUUUUUUUCUCCUCGUAGCAGCGGCGCAUCGCCGAUCGAUCAUUCUGUUCGCCGACUUUUGUUUGACCGGCCAAACGAGGCAUGUCGCUUGUAUCCCACCGAGUUUACGAUGACUCUUUUUUUUUCUUUAAUAUGUACAUAGGACGUAAUGUGGUUACUUUAAAAAAAAAAAAAAAAUACGUAAUAAUAACGAAAGGGAAUUCCGUACAACAUAGACGCAAAUUAGGGUUUCACUUUGCUUUCCGUUUCGCCUCGGUGGAAUCCUCUCCUCUUUUAAACUGAGCAAUGAGCAAUUGCCAUUUAGCUGCCGUUUAUUUCCCCCACGUCAUUUUCUUUUAUUUUUACGACGCCGUGUGUCGAAAAAUGCGAGUUUUUUUUUUUGGUUGUUGGACGCGAGUCGUUUACCUAGUACUCGGAGAAUACCUAUAGAUCAGAUCUUCAUCAACGCUUACACAAAUGCACACAAGUACAUGCGCACACGAUGAUACAAUAUAUUGAUAAGUAUACGAAACCGCUUCUACCUCAGACUCCGUAUCUAUAUUUAUAUAUAUAUGUCGAUAUAUAUAUGGUUACGCGCAUUACCUACGGUUCCUCCGGUUUCUCUGUUUCCGUGAAGUAUUAUUUUUGUUCUUCGUUUUCUCUAUCAACGCCGCAUAUUUACGCCGAGAUGAAGUCGUAGGUAUGCCGGCAACACAGAGUGGACAACAGACGAAUGAGAUUUAUACGUAAAUAUACAUAUAAAUAUAUAUAUAUAUA